GUGGCCAGGAGAACCAUGUCCACACGGCCAGUCUCGAGGCUGUCGGGGCUCAGAGCCCACCGGCUGCCAACCAUGUCAGUCGGAAGAAGAGCGGGUCACGCGCGGGAUCGACGGGCUCCACGGGCUCCCAUGCCUCUUCAAAGACCAAUGGUCAAGCGAGUGGACUCGGGAGUGGGCCUGGCGAGAAGAGUGGCAGUCGUCGAGAACGGAAACAAAAGUUCGAUCUCAAAAAGCUGCUCAAUUUACGGGGGGCCGCUGGAUUGGCCAAGGCGGGUCUGGCUGGGGCGACUCCGGGUGGCAGCAGUGCUACGAGUGUGGAGGAGAGUCAGGGUGUGACUCAGAUCACGCCACCCGUCGCCCAAACACGCCGGUCGAGUCGAGUGAAGAGUAGUGAGCCUUCGUACAGUCCGGCUAAGAGCGCCAACACCAACGGCAACGAUAGUCCCUCCAUCCCAGUCUCAGUUCAGUCGCCUGCCACGCCCAUCCACUCUCGAAACAGUAAGGAGCCCCUCUUGAAGGAAGUCGACCCGUCGGUCAUGCUCACGGGCAAGCGUGAGCGGAAGAGGAAAAAGUUUUGGGAUGAGCGUGACAAUAGCCCGGGUGUGACAGCGUCUGUUCCGCCGGCCAAGGUGAUUAAGAGGACGGAAGCCAGACGAAGUGUAGCUAGUGUAUCCUCCACGGCAGCCCUAGUUAAUGUGACGAGUGGUUCGCCGAGUAGUGUGGCCUCAUCGCCCGUUGUGAGCAAGUCUGCCAAAAGAGACCGUCGAGAACGAAAAGCCUCAGGCGCGAGUGUCGUCAACUCGGCCACACCUCGCCACAGCCCGAUCGUCCCCGAUGAGAAUAGUAAGAACAAUCAGGCCAAAGAAAAUACCAACCCGCCUGAGAACGGCCAAUCCUUGCCAUACUUGGCCUUGGAUCUUGAACAAGAACCCGAAGCCAUUGCCAAGGAACUCGUGGAAGGCGUGAACAUUCCGGGUCCGGGGUUAGCCAUUCCCAUCGAUAGUUCUAGUUUACCCAUCGGCUGGCACAAGCGAGUAGUUCAGCGAGAAAUUGGCGUCACCCGUGGCAAAUGGGACGUGUUCAUCCAGAGCCCAUUUGGCAAGUCCUUCCGCUCUAAGAUUGAGCUUCAAAAGUUCUUCGACGAGAGAAAAAUGGACAUGAAAAGUGAUAUCUUUGAUUUUUCUUUGGACAAUGCCCUUAAACGGUUGAGACAGAUCUGGAAGCAGUACAUUAUUGUUCCACAGGCCAAAAGUCAAAGUGCAGAGGUGAAGGCCCGGAGAAAUUCCGCCAAUGCAGCCUCGAGCUCGUCCGCACGUGUGUCGGUGAGUGAAUCCAAUUCCACCGACGCCUCCAACGCAUUGGGCGGGAAACAAGGUCAAUCCGGUCUUGGCAAGGAAAACGACGCCAGGAGGGAAUCCGAGGGCAAAGGAGCACCCAUUCCACGGCUAGCAGUACAAUCUGAAACGGGUCAAGGUCUGAGAUGCUCCGUCGACAAGUGCCGCAAACUUUUUCGAAAUGAUCGUCUCUUACAUCAGCACAUCAAGCACUACCACCCUCGAGUGUACCAGCAAUCAUUAUCAAAAUUAAAAUCUAAAGCCACCGAGUCGGUUUGUUCCAACAACGAAAACCUUGAUCCACCCGGUUCGGAAUCCAAACGGUUAAUGGAGUCCCGAAAGCGAAAGCUCUCCCUCGGUGAUUCAGUGGGCAGUUCCUCAGGGUCGGGUUUUGAACGGAAGUUGCAGACAUCAUUUUCUUUACCGGAGACAGACGAUUCCUCAAGCACACACACCAAGUCGGCCAAACGAAGCUCGUCGUCGUCUUUUUCAUCCAAAAGCAAAUCUCAAAGAAAGCCCUCAUUAGUGAGCACCAAUAACGCUAAUAUCAUGACGACCACCGAAGAUGAUGAAGUGUUUUUCAAUACUCGGGUGAGUCGGGCCAGAACCGAUAGUAUUCUUUCAGUGGGUAGUGAGGCUAGUGCUCUUGGGGAUGACAAUUCGGCUCCAAUUAGGCCAACUUUUCGAGUGAGUAAGCGAAGACAAGCGCAAUUGAACAAGAAAUCGGCGGCCUUGAUCAAGGCCAAACGCGAUGAAGAAGUUGGAUUUGACGCCAAAGCUGGAACAGGUGCCACGAUAGUCGGCAAUAGCUUCGAUGAGAUGGUGUCCUCAUGUCAUAACACGAGUGGGAAGUCGGAAGUGGAUGGGGGUAGUGCAGUGGCGGGUCCAGGCUCGGGUUGCCCUUCGGUGUCUUAUCCAGCAAGUGAAAUGGACGCCUCUGUCGUCUCAGAGCACCUCACCAACGAGGAGGUGGUGAAUUGUCCUUGCAAACGGACGGAGGAAGACGGGCUUAUGAUUCAAUGUGACAUCUGUCUGUGUUGGCAGCAUGGCAUUUGUUUAGGAAUUGACGAUGAAGACCAAGUUCCGGACAAGCAUGUAUGCCAAAUCUGUCGAGACCCACCCGGGGGUCGGCCCAGUAGUAAAUUCGCUUUUGAUCAAGAUUGGUUGAAGGAGGGCAAACUGGGUGGAAUUCCUCUCCCUACUUCCGAUGGAGUAGUGGACACGCCUGCCGCGAAUCUUCUACCCCAGUCUCCGACUUCGGAUGAAACGGCAUUUAAGAAAUUGUCAGAGCUCAUGGCUGAUUUGGCCAAUCUCAGUAAGGUGUUACAUUCAUUGCGGGUAAAGUUGUACGUGGCCAGCCAGAGAAACAACAGCAAAGUGUUCAUGUGGUCCUCUGCAUGGCAUGAGACUGAAGCCCCGCUCGAGGAGACGACCGUCCCUGGUCUCCUUCCAACGCCAAGUGUGGCCAAUGAGGUGUCUGUGGGCUUGGAUCUCGGCCAUCUAGAAACCAACAACAGCCUCCUUGAGCCCAACAAUCUUUGUUCUCAGGGUGUUGACACCACUUAUUCUCAAACAACAUCAGUCUCAGCAUCCUCCAACGGCUUGCCAACAUCAACAAUAGCAGAAGACGCAGCAGCAGUAAACCCAACCCAUGGAAAGCAGCAGACUGAACCUAAUUCCAAUCCUGGUCCAUUAGUUAAUGGCUGUACUCACUCCAGUGCUCCACUUGAUCAGAGCACAAAAGAGGUCCAUGCCACCACCAGUCCGGAGUCGAAGCCGUGCUCGGAGAUGUCGAUGUCGAACGGAUGCUCCAACUUGAGUGAUCCAAAGAUGGGAGAGUUGGAUGAGCACGGAACAGCAAACAAUCUCGUGGCAACGGAAUCUGUGGAAGAGAUAUCUAAGCAUCUCGAGAAUGGAUUGGAUAUCGAUCCCAAUCUCAUUCCAUCAGUGUCUGAGGUGCAGAGACUCUUACCCAGUAUCAUUCAAGCCACCCUUGAAGCUCAACAACUUGAUGGAGGUGACGGGGUAGACGAUGGCCAAGUUCAUCAGGAGCAUGAUCAUCAAUCUGGAUCAAGUGUGGCUGCUGUGUCCGCUUUCGAUUGUCUCGGCAAUGUCUCAUCUCCCCAUCCCCACACACCACUCCCCAAUCCCAUCUAUUUCCCCCAACAGAAGCGUAUAGACAAGGAUGAUUCGAGAAUAAAUUUACUUGAUCACAUUGAGAAAAUGCAAAACGACCUCAGCGAAGUCUUGGACAAAGUCGAGGAGAGGCUCGUCCUACUGGAAAAGAGUCAACAGCAGUCGGGAAUCGAAGGACAGGACCAUUGUAACUUGAAAAAUGCCGAUAAUCAAGUGAAUCAGUUGAUGCACGAGCGGAACAAGCUUUACAGUCGAGCAAAAUGUGUCACGAUAAUGUUACAACAGGAUGUAAGUUCUGCUCGAAAGUUGGUGAAAGCCCUGUAGAAGAACGUGUUUACUUUCAUAUGGAAAAGCUUCUUCUACGUUCCUGGUCUUGGACUUCCUUCUACUUGUCUUCACCUAUUAUUGCUAUUUUGUGUAACAGACAAAAUCAUCGGAAAAGAAAUAUAUAAACACCACCACCAA